AAUCCCUCAAAAGUUUGAAAACACGACACACAUGCGUUCUUGCUCUCCUCUUUAAAUUGGCAUCAACCUUUAUUAUUCCACAUUUAUCCCUAACCGACUCCAUACCCACCCUCUGUCCACCUGGUUCUCUCGUAAUUUUCACAAACUCCAAUCCCUUUCUCGCACCCCCAUCCCGCCGACGAUCUGUCGUCUCCGUUACCCACUCAGCGCCUUCAUUUACGAUAAAAACCUCUCCUGUCCAAUUCUAGUUAGGGCUUGUAACUUACUCCUCGAGCAUUCGAGAGCUCGAAGACUAGGGUUUGGUUUUAGAUUCGAUUAGAGAUUGGUAAUCGAUGAUUUUGAAAGAUUAGGGUUUUCCUUUCAAUUUCGAUUUUCUAUUGAGUGUAUCAAUUUUUCCAGGGUUUAAAUUUGAGGUUUUUGGAGAGUCGAGGAUUUAAUAAGGAUGCCGAGAAGCUCUCGACACAAAUCGAGCAAGCAUAGCUCGAGAGAGUAUUCGGAUUCGGAGAAAGAUUCGAGCUUGAAAGAGAAGAAGGCGGCGAAAGAGGAGAGUGUCAGUAAUAAUAGCAGUGUUAGGGUUUCGACCGAGAAGAGGAAGUUAGAUUUGAAGGAGAAUAAGGAAUCUUUAAAUGGGGAAUAUUUAGAGGAAUAUUCUUCCUCUUCGUCAAAGAGGAGAAAAGAGAGAGUAGAGGAAAGUAAUGAUAGGUGGAAUGGUGGAAAGGAGGAGAGGGGGGAGAAGAAGGGGAAGGAGAAAGGGGGCGAGGAGAAGUUGAAGAGUAAGAGGAGGGAUGAGAGUUUGGAGAAGAAGAGUGAGGGAAGGCAUAGGGAGAGUAGUAGAAAGGAGGAGAGGGAAAGGGAGAGGGUAAGGGAGAAGGAGAAGAAAGGAAUGGAGGGUAGGAGUGAGGUUGAAGAGUAUUCGCGUGGAGGAAAACAAAUUACUGAAAAAACUGCAAAUGAUCAAUUGCGAAGUCCUGAAUCAGAGAACCGGUCUGAUAGACGAAUUAGGAGAAAGAAAGAUGAUUCUGCUGAUGGGGAUAAGCAUCAUGAUGAUAUUGGAGAUGCUAAUGGAAAACGAUUAUCCUCAAGGGAAGAUGUUAAGGAAGAAAAACCGAAGGACGAGAAGCACAAGGAUGAUCGAUAUAGAGACAAGUACCAUGAGGUCGUGGACAGGGAAAAUAGGCAUGGAGAUGAUAAGCAAAGAGAUGAGCGUGGUGCAAGAGAUUAUGUUAGCAACAGGUCUGAAGAGAAGCACAUAAGGGAUGAGAAGGAUGCUUCAGAAGCUCGGAAGAAAUCUAAGCCACAAGACACUGAUCGUGAUCAUGACCGUGAAAGAGAGCGUGACCAUGAUCGUAAUCGUGAUAGGGAUCGGGAGCGAGAACAUGAUCGAGACCGGGAUCGUGAUUGUGACCAAGAUCAUGAUUGGGAUUUGGAUCGAAAUCGGGACCAAGAUAGGGAACGAGACCGUGAUAGAGACCAUGGCCGUAAUCUUGACUAUGAUGGGUCACAUAUUGAUGAUUGUAGUGCCAGAUACAAAGAUAGCAGGGGAAGGAAAAGAUCUCCUGAGGAUCGUGAUCACUAUAAUGAUGCUAAAUCCAAAGGUUCAAAGGCACCUUAUCCUGAUGUGGAAAAGAAAUCUUUGAGCAGUGGGAGAGUUGAGUCAGAUGACAGGGGAAGAUCUCAAUCACAUCAAGCCCAUCUAGACAAUAAUGUUAGCAGCAACAGGCGGAGGACUUCCCCGGACACCAGUUCACAUGGAGCUGUUGAAGAGCACAGGCAUUUCAAAGCAGAAGAUUUGAAGUACAGGGAUGCUGUGACCAAACAGAGGUCGAAAGCAAUUUCUUCAAGAGAGGCUGCUGAUUUUUCAGCAACAUCAGAGAGAGCUUCCAAGCAUAGGUCAUCUGAUAAACCUAUUAAAAUGGAUGAUGGCCAUGUAGGUGAGUUGUCAAUUGAGAGGACUUCAAGUUCUAGAGCUUCACCCCGGGGCUUGGUUGACAGAUCUCCUUCAUCAAGCCUUGAGCACAGAUAUGCAAACAGAACUGGUGUCAGACGGAGUCUUGACAUUGAAGAAUCAGCGAGGAGGAGAAGUGGUUCCAUCAGUGCUAGAAAUUUGCCUUCUGCUGAAGACAGACUAGGUCGGGAUUUACCAUUGGAGAAGCCUCUAGCAGAUGAUUCUACUCCAGCUGAUUCAUCCUUUUAUAAUAGAACUAAUCAGAACAGUUCUUUGAUUCCUCCAUCCAUCUUCAGGGGUGGAGGUGGCAGCCCGUCUUUUAUGGGUUCACUAGAAGAAGAUAGUAGAGGUAACACCCGCUACAAGAGAGGCAGCGAUCCCAGUCUGGGAAGAGGCCAAGGAAAUGCUUGGAGAGGUACCCCAAACUGGUCUUCACCAAUGCCAAAUGGCUACAUGCCUUUCCAACAUGGACCAGCUCAUGGAGGUUUUCAAGCAAUGAUGCCUCAUUUUCCAUCUCCUCCGCUGUUCAGUGCCAGGCCUUCAAUGGAAAUUAAUCACUCUGGGAUUCCUUACCAUAUACCUGAUGCUGACAGGUUCUCUGGUCAUUUGCGCCCACUUGGGUGGCAUAAUAUGAUGGAUGGAUCAGGACCUUCUCCCAUGCAUGGAUGGGAUGGAAAUAAUGGCGUGUUUAGGGAUGAAACACAUGCAUUUGGGCAAGAAUGGGAUCAGAAUAGGCAUCAGUUGAAUGGUCAGGGAUGGGAAACUGGCACGGACAUGUGGAAAGCACAAAAUGGUGAUUUGAAUAUGGACUUGCCAGCAACUUCUGUGAAGGAGGAUUUUCCAGUGCAGGCACCUCUGGAGAAUGUUCUGGCUGGACAAGCAGGUCACCUGUUGCAAAAUGAAAACAUUCAUCAAAUGGUCCAAGCAGAAAAUGUUGAAACAAAAUUAGCAGUUGCUUCAGCAAAAGAACCUUCAAAAUUUAUGUCUAAAACUACCCAUGAGAAGAUGCCUGAUCCUUCUAGAACGCAAAGUAGUGAUGACAGUUUUCAUUUUGCCCGUGCUUAUCUUUCUAAGCUGGACAUUUCAACAGAACUUGCUAGUCCAGAGUUGUAUAGCCAGUGUAUGAGUUUGCUAAGCAUGGAGCAGAGUGCAAAUGCAGAUGAAGAUAUUAUAAUGCUUGUAAAUUUAAAGGAUGGUGCAAGAGCAGUACCGAAAAGUUCUGAUUCCAUUUUCAGUCUUUCACUUCUUCCUGCUGUAAAAGAUUCUGUUUUUCAGAAAGCCAUAGAAUACUACAAGAAGCAGAGAGUAGGUUUGAGUGGCUUGCCAAUUGUUAAUGGUGGAAAAAUAGAUGCUAUUUCAACGUCCAAAGUGAAGGAUGAACCUAUUAAUGAUGUGCACAAAGCAGAGGAGCUAGUUUUAAAUCAGAAUGAAGAAAUGCCAGAUGUUCCAGUAUUGAGUUUAGAUCAGAACAAAGCUGAAGAGGUUGCCAUUGCUGAUACCCGGGAGAUACCGGAAGAGCUUGUUUCCGCUCCUAGCCUGAAGGAACAUGCUCAUGCUUGCACCUCCUCUCAGGAAUUGCCUGAUCAAGCUCUCGUUCAACAAGAUUGUGUGGAAAAGCCCGUGGAAAUUUAUAGUGGUAAUAAGAUUGAUGAGGUGCCAUCCGAACCAUUCAAUUCAGGUGUGGCGGGCAGCCUCCCAAACCCUGAUUAUGCACCUGAAGCUGAUACCAUUUCACCUGCUAAAGGUUUAGAUGAUAAUUCUUUGCAAUGUGCUGAAGAAGGGCAGGGGUCUGGUGAUACAAUGUGUGGUCCUUUAAUUUUUUCGGAUGAUUCUCCCGAGGCAUCCGGGGCUUUGAUGCCUGGGUCAAAUGAGUCUGAGUUGGUAAUUUUAAGUCGGAUACAUCAUUCUCCUGAAAGUACACGUUGAGACAAUUUCUCUAUGUUCUUUAAUGCGCGUUUUUCGUAAUCGUUUGCUUUUCCAAUUUUUGUUGCUUCUCUUUUUAUCAAGGAAAUAAAAGGAAAUCUGCUCUUUGGUUUUCCCUGGAUAA